AUGGACAGACUCAAUCGGAUGCUUCAGGCCGCCCAGGGCAUGGGUAUGGGAAGCGCGGCUCCAGGUGGUGACACCCCGAACCUGAUCGAUAACUCCGAGACCGUACACAUUUCAUCACUAGCUUUGCUGAAGAUGUUAAGACAUGGUCGGGCUGGUGUGCCUAUGGAAGUCAUGGGCCUGAUGCUGGGAGAAUUCGUCGAUGAAUACACAGUUCGUGUGGUUGAUGUUUUUGCCAUGCCCCAGAGCGGUACUGGUGUCAGUGUUGAGGCCGUGGACCCCGUUUUUCAGACCAAGAUGAUGGAGAUGCUUCGGCAAACUGGACGGCCGGAAACAGUCGUUGGAUGGUAUCACUCCCAUCCUGGUUUUGGCUGCUGGCUUUCGUCCGUGGACAUCAACACCCAGCAGUCAUUCGAACAGCUCACUCCCCGAGCAGUCGCAGUUGUGGUUGAUCCGAUUCAAUCCGUUAAGGGAAAGGUUGUCAUCGACGCCUUCCGACUAAUUCAGCCUCAGACCGUUGUCAUGGGCCAGGAGCCCCGGCAGACGACAUCUAAUUUGGGUCACCUGAACAAGCCAUCAAUCCAGGCGCUCAUCCACGGGUUGAACAGACAUUACUACAGCAUCGCUAUCAACUAUCGUAAGACGGGGCUGGAGGAGAACAUGCUGAUGAACUUGCAUAAGCACGUGUGGACAGAGGCAUUGCAGAUGAACGACUUCCGUGAGGAAGGCCAGCACAAUGUGGAGCGGAUGAAGCAGCUAGUGAGCCUUGCUGAAGGUUACGAGAAGCGGGUCAAGGAGGAGACAGAGCUCACCAAGGAGCAACUCAAGACGCGAUAUGUUGGAAAGGUUGACCCGAAGAAGCACAUUGAAGAUGUGAGCCAGCAACUGAUCGAAGACAACAUCGUUGCGGUAUCACGGCAGAUGAUUGACAAGGAGGCUUCGGUGGCGCGUUUGUCCAACGGAAAGGGAGCUCAAGAGGGGACAGGCAUGGAUGUGGAUGAGGAACUAUAG